AUGUAUGGUGAUGUUCCUGCCGACAGCCGGAUUAUUAGAACGUACAAGGAGUUCCGACGCUCUGGUCCGAGAGAGCUUACUCCAGAGAUGCUAAAGUCAAUUCACGAUGCUGACAAGCCUGCCCCAAGAGGAAAGAAGGCUGACAAGGGCAAAGAAAAACAAGUUGCAAAGGGAGUCAAAGGCCCAUCUCCCAAGAAAAGGAAAACGACCAAGACUGUUCAAUCCCCACCGCAGAAGAGGAGAAAAACCCAACUGAGGCGUAAGAUGGUCAUCGCUUCAUCCUCAAGUGAAUCUGAGGAAGAGAGUUCUGCUUCUAAAGGCUCUCCUCGUGGUAACACUCCACCACGAUCUCCUAUCCCUGAAGUUCACUUCUCUACUUCUCCUAUCUCCUCUCCUCCAGUUACAAUUCCUGUUUCUAUUCCCCCCAUUACUUCCACCACUGCAAUACCAUCCACCUCCAUCCCAGUACCACCUCCCAUAUUUACCGAAGAAAUCACCACCACUACAGAAAUCAAAAUGUCUUCAAAGAAAGAAUCCAAUUCAAGUAACAACAUCCCUCCGUCGCUACCCUCAUCUCGCUUCGACCCUGUGAUGUUCCAGCUGGCUGUUUCCGCUGCAGUGAUGGCUGCAAUGACGAUCUUGAACCCUAACAAGUCCAUUGGUCCAGGAUAUAACCCCUACCCCCAAAACCAUGAAAAUGUUCAGGCGCAUCAAAAUGAAAACGAUAAGAGUAAAAAGCGAAAAGGUCAGAGUUCCCAAGGACCCUCCAAGAGGCACGGAACUGUGGCAGUUCAAGCUGUCACUACUCCUGUCGUUAUGUCUACAGUUCAAGCUGCUGCUACUCCUGUUGCUGUGCCUAUAGCUCAAGCACCUACCAUGUCACAACUAGAAAUUUUGUGUCAAGUAAUCUCUACACCCAAGUAA